ACAGUUCCAACAGUGGACAGAGGGACGGACCUGCAGAGAGGAGACGCUGGUACUGAAGAAGGUUAGAAGACUGAAAAGUGAAAAAGAAAUCGACUGGAAACCAAGAAAAACUUCAGUAGCAACAGCAACCAUUGACCAUAUUGGAGAUAAAAUUUCUCUCUAGAAGACCUGAGGAAGGUUAUGAGACGUGUUGAGACGUCUCAGACCCACCCCAGAUCACUGAAUUUGUGCAUCUUAAACAUCUUAAAAUUAAAAUUCUGAACCAUCUUUUGAGAGACAGAGUGAUGCGUCUCUUAAACAAGGACCUGCGUCUGCAGGACGUCACGCUGAUCUACAUGAUCCUGCUCGCUGCCCUGGUGGUUCUCCUGGUGGCCCCGUACCACGCUUCACCCCCAUCUUCAUCUUCAUCCCCGUCCCCAGACAACCCCUCCAGACCUUCCUUACCCUACCACGUCCCCCUGGACCCCGCCGGGCAGCUGGAGCUCUCCUGGAACAUCAGUUACGCCAAGCAGGAGGUGUACAUGGAGCUCCGGGCCAAGGAGCUGCGCCAGGGUCUCCUGCUGGGCAUGUCUGAGCGCGGCGAACCCACCAACGCCGACCUGGUGCUUCUGUGGAACGAUGGGCACAAGUCCUACUUUGGGGAUGCUUGGAGUGAUGAUGAAGGCCGGGUAACGUUGGACAGUCAGCAGGAUUACGAGCUGCUGGAUGCACAGAACACUCCGGAAGGCUUUUCUCUGCUCUUCAGGAGACCCUUCAGUACCUGCGAUCCCCAUGACUACGUUAUAGAGGAAGGAACAGUCCACCUGAUCUACAGCAUACUCGAUCAGCCAAUCCGCUCUCUUCGUGAGCUCAACGUGUCCCGCCUUCAACCUGGCGUUCAGCGAAUCCUGCUGCUGCGUCCUGACACGCCCAGCCCCUCUCUUCCGCCGGACGUGCGCACGCUGGAGGUUCUGGCCCCCAACAUCGUUAUCCCUGAUCAGGAGACCACCUACUGGUGCUACAUGUACCAACUGCCCCCCAACAUGCCCAAGAACCACAUCGUCAUGUACGAGGCGGUGGUGAGCGCGGGGAACGAGGCCAUCGUGCAUCAUAUGGAGGUGUUUGAAUGCUCGCCUCACAUGGCCUCUGUCCCUCAGUACAGCGGCUCCUGCGACUCCAAGAUGAAACCGGCGAAGCUGAACUCCUGCCGUCACGUCCUGGCAGCGUGGGCCCUCGGAGCCGAGCCAUUCUACUACCCCUCUGAUGCCGGCCUUCCUCUGGGUGGAGAAGGUUCCUCCAGGUUCCUUCGUUUGGAGGUGCACUAUCACAACCCACUCCUCAUCUCUGGGCGUCGUGACUCCUCAGGUAUCCGUCUGUGGUUCACUCCGUCUCUGAGGCGCUUCGACGCCGGGAUCAUGGAGCUCGGUUUGGUCUACACGCCCGUCAUGGCCAUCCCUCCUCACCAGCACAGCUUCCAGCUGACGGGCUACUGCACUGCCGAGUGCACACACACGGCGCUGCCUCCUGGAGGGAUCCAUAUUUUUGCGUCGCAGCUGCACACACACCUGGCGGGACGAAGCGUCCGCACCGUGCUGGUGAGAGGAGGCAGAGAAGUGGAGGUGGUGCAGGAGGACAAACACUUCAGCACACACUAUCAGAUCAUCCGCAUCCUCAGAAAGAUGGUGACUGUUCUGCCAGGUGAUGUGCUCCUGACAAAAUGCACCUAUAACACAGAAGACAGAGUCAAAGCUACAGUGGGUGGAUUUGGGAUCAUGGAGGAGAUGUGUGUGAAUUAUGUGCACUAUUACCCACGUACACAGCUGGAGCUGUGUAAGAGUCACGUAGACCCGGAUUACCUGCAGAGAUACUUCAGCCUCAUCAACAGGUUCCAUGGCGGUGAGGGCUGCAGCUGCUCUCGUACCACAGUGGAGGACGAGUUCUCCUCCGUGACCUGGGACUCCUUCAGUGCCGAGGUGCUCGACUCCCUGUACACCACCUCACCCAUCUCCAUGCACUGUAACCGGUCCACGGCCGAGCUCUUCCCCGGCAACUGGGAGAAACAGAAGAUUCCCGAGGUGUUAGCGGAGCUCCAGCCACACGUGCAACCGUGUGAACCAAGCCGAGCGGCGGCUCCGAGUCACGGCCCUACAGAGGUUCGACCCCAACACAGCGGAUAACCCAAAGUCUUUCAGUUCCAACGCUGACACUCCCAGAUCUCCAGCAAAGUGGUGCAAGUAUAUAAAUAAAACCAUUUCACUAAACUCUAACUAAACAGCAAGUUAUCCUGAUUGGACCGCGUUUACAUCGGCAGCCGCAAAUAACUCAAAGUGGGUGUGGUCAGAGCUGAGGUAUGCAAAUGAGAAGCGAAGCGAUGUGAAGACUACCACAUUUUUUCUAGUUAGAUAUUUUUACUAGCUAUAUAGAAAAGACUUUGCUUAUGUCGCCUAGCAUUGUCGCGAUUUACGCACAUUUACAGUUUAAUUAGUUUAUCGUUAAGUCUGUGAUGGGUGACUUGCGCUUUGCGAACUUCUUUUCCGUGUUUUGCAAGCUUUAACCAUAUAGCUACUUUUUCUUUUUUUUUUUUUAUUCGCGACACAAUAACGAAGCUAAUAGCAACAUGUACAUGUUUAGUCUAAAUGAUUCUGUGCUUGUUUUGGUGCAGUGAUUAAUGCUUUGCCUGCUUAGCCAAUCAGGUACGAGUAUUUUUUGUGCUAUAACAGCUGGUAACUAUUUCACUAAAAUGCAAACAUGGAUAUGUCCAUCAGAAGUAAAGCUCGUGUUUGUAAAGGCUACGCCGUCUCUGCCGGGGUAAACGCAGGCUUAUUCCACGGAGCGCUGAAUAAAAUGAAGCGAAGAAAAAAAUGAUUAAGCUCGUAAUAAACACACAAAAUUAUUGGACCAUGAAAAGAAAACUAGCGCUGCUAACAUUUCAGUACAUGACCUUUUCAUUUUAUUGCUCAUAAACUCAUUGCAAAUACAUUUUAUUUGUCAGAUUAGAACAAUUUAUAAGACUUAUAUAUGACUUUAGUGCUGAAGAUUGUGCUUAAACUGCAAAUGGACAAAAUGUAAAC